AAAUUUGCACACACCUUUAAAGAAACGAAACUAAACUGGGGUGGGGUGGGGCAAUUUAGCCUAUAGUCAAGAGCUACUUCUGUACAGUAACUCCUUUUUAUUUAUUUAGGCUUCACUUUUUUUCUUUCUUUUUUUUUACGUUUAAGGAGUCCUUUUGUUUGAAUGCACUUAGAAAGAAACAUAGUUUAACACCAAGCAUGAUUAUAAUGCUAUACUGUCUAAUGAUGUUAACAAAAUGACAACUAUUACAGUGCUAAAAAAUAAAAUAAAAACAUUACUGGUCCAGUUCUCAAAUAGCGACAACCUUAGCCUUAUUAUAAGAAUAACAAAACAUGCAAAUAAAAAGGUGUUCUAUCAGUAUUACGCAACAUUUUAUAGUGAAGUGAAACUGAAACCUGUUUUACCUCUUAUAAAACCUGGUCUGAUCUUCUUUGUACUGUACUUUUCUCCUGAGCUGGAGACAACACCUACAGACAGAGCCUCAUGGUGUCCCUGUUUCUCCACUUACAGUCAUGACUUCCAUCAGUUCAUCCCUCUCUGGUGAGCUGCUCCAGUGCCGUAUAUGUCUGGAGGUGCUCACUGACCCAGUCACCACUUCAUGUGGACACAACUUCUGCAAUGCUUGUAUAAAGGCAUGCUGGGAGAGUGGACAGCUCUAUCUUUGCCCUCUCUGUAAGGAAGGAUUUGAUAGUAAGCCAGAAUUGAAAAUAAAUGUAGCAUUUCAAAAGGUUGUUGACCAUUACAAGGUGCAUCAACAGCCAAAGGAACUCCAACACCAAACAAAAUCGUUUCAUCACAUUUUAUGCGACGUCUGCUCUGAAAACAAGCUAAGGGCAGUAAAGUCUUGUUUGCAGUGUGUAACAUCUUUCUGUGAGACUCACCUGACCAAUCAUAAAACCGCACCAAGGCUUGUAAGGCACAAACUGAUCAACCCCGUGGACAACCUGGAAGAUUAUAUCUGCAAAAAUCAUGAUAAACCACUGGAGAUGUUCUGCAGGGACGAAAAGACCUGUCUGUGUCUGUUUUGCACUGAAACAGAACAUAAAACUCACAAUGUUGUUUCUAUUGAAGAAGAAAGUGUACACAAGAGGGUCCAACUGGAAAAGACACAGGCAGAAAUAAAGCUGAUGAUCCAGGACAGAUGUAAUAAGAUUAAGGAGAUAAAAAACUUGGCAAAGUCCAUCAAGAGGACCAAUGUGAGAAAUAAAGCAAAUAAAGUUGAGCUGUUUACUGAUUUGAUCCACUCCAUUGAGAGAUGUCAGUCUGAGCUGCUGGAGGUGAUGGAGCAGAAGCAGACAGCAGCACAGAAUCAGGCUGAAGAGCUGAUUAAAGAGCUGGUGCAGGAAAUCACUGAACUGGAGAGAAGAAACACUGAGCUGGAGCAGCUCUCACACACUGAGGAUCACCUGCACCUCCUACAGGUCUUCUCAUCUGUGUGCAGCCCCCCAGGAGUCAAGAGCUGGACUAACGUCAACAUUAACACAGAUCUACUUAACACAGACAUUCUGGAUAAAACUCUUACUUGCCUCAAGGAAAAAGUCAACAAGGAACUGAAAAUAAUCCAUGAUAUCACUCAACCAUCUGUUGUUCACGGAAUCAACUUCAAUCCCCAAACAUCACAACCUUCAACCAAUAGGAUAUUUGCUCCCUCCCAUCAUUCACUGGUACCUAAAAGUUCUACAGCGAUGGAGAAAAUAGAUACGUUGAAAACACAGAAGAGCAGCCUGACAGAGAUUUCAAAUAUUAAAACAAGCAAAAAUCAGACAGAGGGCAAAAUCUACUUUACUCUGGGUAAAACAGACUGUGGCCUUCGCUCGGCGAAUAAAGCAGAAAAUAUUAAUAAGCAAGUGAAGGUCUCAUGGUUUGGUCUGGGUCUAAAUACAAUACAGCAACUUUACGGAGUGGAUGUGAUUUUGGAUCCUAACACAGCUCAUCCUAAACUCUUCCUGUCUAAAGAUGGGAAACAAGUGAGUCAUGGUGGAUCCUGGAGAGAUGUUCCCAAUAACCCUGAGAGAUUUGACUUGUCUGCUUGUGUCCUGGGAAAGGAUGGGUAUUCCUGUGGGAGGUUUUACUUUGUGGUCCAAGUCGGUGAUAAGACUGAAUGGGACUUAGGGAUGGCUCGGGAGUCCAUUAAGAGAAAGGGGAAAAUAACAGUGUGCCCAGAGAAAGGAUUUUGGUGUAUUUGGCUUAGAAAUGGGGGUGAAUAUAUGGCUAAUGAUUAUUGUCCCGUUCCUCUUUCUCUGAAAGACAAACCCCAGAAGGUGGGAGUGUUUGUGGAUUAUGAGGAGGGUCUGGUCUCCUUCUACAAUGUGGAGACCAAGGCUCUUAUCUACUCCUUCACUGGUCAGUCUUUCACUGAAAAAAUCUAUCCAUUUUUCAGCCCUUGCAACAAAAGAGGAGAUAUUAACUCAAAGCCUCUGAUUAUCCAUACUCUUUUGACACAACUGAAAAUGAACAGAUAUUCAUUAGAGAUGGCUGAUCACACAAAGACGGAACACAGUCAAAACACAUCUAAUGUUCUGUGUGAUGCCUGCCAUGGAAAUCAAAAACUCAGCGCAGUAAAAUCAUGCUUGCAAUGUGUAACAUCCUUCUGUGAGACUCACUUGGAAAAUCACAAAACAGCAGCAAGGCUCAUAAAACACAAACUGAUCGACCCCGUGGACAACCUGGAAGAUUAUAUUUGUGUAAAACAUGAAAAACCUCUGGAGUUAUUCUGCAGAGAUGACCAGACAUUUCUCUGUCCUAUCUGCAUAGAAAUAGGACACAAAGCACACAACAUUGUUCCUAUAGAACAAGAGAGUGGAGAUCAGAGGGCUCAGCUGGAAAAGACACAAGCAAAAGUCAAGAUGAUGAUCCAGGAUAGAAUAAAGAAGACAGAGGAGAUAAAAAGCUCUGAAAAGAACAACAAUGUUAAAAGUCUCACCGCUCUGAUUGAGAGAUGUCUGUCUGAGCUGCUGGAGGUGAUCGGGGAGAAGCAGAAAGCAGAAGAAAAGCAGGCUGAAGAGCUGCUUAAAGAGCUGGAGCAAGAAAUGACUGAGCUCAAGAGCAGAGAGACGGCGCUGGAGCAGCUCUCACACACUGAGGAUCACCUGCACCUCCUACGGACUUGCUCAUCUGUGUGCAGCCUUCCACAAGUCAAGUCCCGGACCAGCAACAUUACUGAUAUGAAUAUAGAUCUGACCACAGAAAUCUUUGAGAAAGCUCUCCAGGGCCUUCAGGAAAACAUCAAAAUGGAACUGAAGAAAUUCUUUGAAAUCAUCUACUGUCCACACAGACCUUCAGUUGUUCAAGAGUCUUCCGCCUCAGAUUCUGUUCCUUCUCAUCCUUUACUGAUGUCUGAAAGUUCUACAGUGAUGGAGGAAAAAGAUGUUUCUGCUAUCCUGAGCACAAAGCAGGGCACUCUGACAGAAAUUUCAAAUACUACAACAAGCAAUGUUCAGACAGAAAACAAAAUCUACUUCAGCAAGAGCAGCACUCCUUCACCAAAAAGAGUGGAAAAGAUGAAUAAAAAAGGUGCUGUAACUGAUAAGACAGACAUAUACAGAAUAGAACACUUUUUUGCUUUAAAGUCUUUAACUAAGUGCUUUAUUGUGCCAGAUCUGAGUACAAUAAAGAAACAUUAUGCAGUGAAUGUGAUAUUGGAUCCUAAAACAGCUCAUCCUAAACUCAUCCUGUCUAAGGACAGAAAACAAGUGAAGCAUAGUGGAUCCUGGAGAGAUGUUCCCAAUAACCCUGAGAGAUUUGACUCGUCUUCUUGUGUCCUGGGAAAGGAUGGGUUUUCCUGUGGGAAAAUUUAUUAUGAGGUUGAAGUCGGUGAAAAAACUGAAUGGGACUUAGGUAUGGCUAGAGAGUCCAUUGAGAGAAAGGGGAAAGUAACAGUGUGCCCAGAGAAUGGAUUUUGGAGUAUUUGGCUUAGAAAUGGAGAUGAAUAUGUGGCUAAUGAAUCUUGCCCCGUUCCUCUUUCUCUGAAAGACAAACCCCAGAAAGUGGGAGUGUUUGUGGAUUAUGAGGAGGGUCUGGUCUCCUUCUACAAUGUGGAGACCAAGGCUCUUAUCUACUCCUUCACUGGUCAGUCUUUCACUGAAAAAAUCUAUCCAUUUUUCAGCCCUUGCAACAAGCGAGGAGAUGUGAACACAAAGCCUCUGAUUAUCUACUAGUUAGUUAGUCUUCUACUAGUUAGUGUAUUUAUUAAACAAUGUAAAGUUUUAAUGCAACAAAUAAAUGACAAGGGUCACACAUUGCCCUAAGAUUGAAUGUCUAACCUUCCUACAUCCAAACAUCUGUAUGUUUGAUUAAUUAGAAUUACUAUACUUUAUUAUUUUUAUGUAUCAAAUACAUUUUUACAUUACAGAAGUUGUAUGAAAUAUUACACUAUUCUAAUAAGGACAUUUGGUAUGGUAGCAUUGCUUGUAUUGUGUUCACCCAUAGAUUAAUAACUUUCACUUGUAUGAUUUUCAUCUUUGGAUAAAACUGUCUGCUAAACAAAUAAACAUAAAUGUUGUUGAUGCUUUCAUUCUGUCAC